CCCCUUUUCAGAGGUUUUUUGGCCUGCCGAAGCUUCCGUCUGAGCGGUCCAUCCUUAAAUUUAGUCCCCGGUUUUUGUAGGCCGCAGAGGCUGUCGUACACACUUUGUAUCUUUAUGCAGUAUUGAAGGAGGACGCACCUAUAUUCACCAAAAAUGAAAUUAUUGCUGAGGAACACCUCGUGUCUUUUACGUCCUUGGAAGAUAAGGGCUUGGAGAUGCUACAAGUGUUCUUCUGCGUCAUCAUUACAAAGAGAGUCUAUUUCGGGAGCAGAUACACAUCAAAGACGUAUGAACCCACUUAAUAUCCAGAUGCUUUCUAAAGGGUUGCAUGAGCAAAUAUUUCAGGGAAGUCAGACAUCAUACGGUGAAGAACAUAUUCAGAAGAGCAUAAACCAUUUGAAGGCUCAUGAUCUUUGGGGCCAAGAAACGUCUACGGUAAAUGAUGUAGAGCUACAGCUCCCCAAGAUGUAUGGAAGUAAUAUAGAAGAACACUUCAAAAUUUUGGCUCAGAAGCAAAACUUUCCAUAUCUGGAGGCCGCUAAUGAUCUUCUGCAGUUCACUCUGCCGGACAUGCCACAGGAGUGGGCUUGGCAAACCGGAUGGACAAAGUAUACAUCAGGAGGAGGACAGGAGCUUGUAGACUUUCCAGAUGAAAGAGCUUUAGUAUUUGAUGUGGAAAUUUGCAUGUCUGAGGGUCGCUGCCCAACAUUGGCUGUAGCUGUUUCUCCUCACUGUUGGUACUCGUGGUGCAGCAGAAGACUGAUAGAGGAUAGAUUUACUUGGUCCAGCCAGCUUUCUUUGUCCGAUCUUAUCCCACUGGAGACAUCUAUAAAUUCCAACUGCAUCAAUAAACACAACUGGACUGAGAGACUGGUUGUGGGACACAAUGUUAGCUUUGAUAGAGCCCUCAUUAAGGAACAGUAUCUAAUUAAAGGUUCUAAAAUGAGGUUUAUGGACACCAUGAGUAUGCAUAUGGCUAUAUCAGGCCUGACAGGGUUUCAACGGACUCUGUGGAUGGCCAGCAAAUAUGGAAAAAAGAAGGGUUUACAGGAAGUCAAGCAACAUAUCCAGAAAACCCGGAGCAAGUAUGAUGGACCUGCAAUCACCUCAUGGGACUGGGUAAAUAUUAGCAGCAUAAACAAUCUUGCUGAUGUACAUGCUCUGUAUGUUGGAGGUCCACCUCUGGAGAAAGAAGCACGGGACCUGUUUGUGAAGGGAAGCAUGAAAGACAUUAGAGCUGAUUUCCAGGAACUCAUGAAAUACUGUGCUCUUGAUGUUCAAGCAACUCAUGAGGUGUUUCAGGAGGUGUUUCCCCUCUUCAUGGAGAGGUGUCCUCACCCUGUGACCUUAGCAGGGAUGUUAGAAAUGGGGGUUUCCUACUUACCUGUUAACCAGAACUGGGAGAAAUACCUGGAUGAAGCUCAUAGUACGUAUGACGAGCUCCAGAAGGAAAUGAAGAAGUCUCUAAUGAACUUGGCCAGUAAUGCCUGCCACUUGCUUAAUGGAGACGCGUACAAAGAAGAUCCGUGGCUUUGGGAUUUAGAUUGGGAUACACAAGAAUUCAAGCAGAAGAAGGUGACGGUCAGCAAAAAACAGAAGGAAUUACAAGAAAACGUAGAACGUUCUGUUGGAAACACAGACCUUCCAGAUAAUAAUGAAGACCCUGGGCCACCUAGUGAAGAAGAGGAAUCCCAGCCUUCGGCCAGUGAGAUUUACUUGGAGAAUCUCAAAAACAGGACUCUAUCUUUGCUACCAAAGAGAGCCCAGCACUUGCCUGGUCACCCGGGGUGGUAUCGAAAACUUUGUCCUAAACUGGAUGAUCCGGAGUGGGUGCCUGGUCCAGGUCUCAUUACCCUUCAAAUGAGAUUGACGCCUAAACUAAUGCGUUUAACAUGGGAUGGCUACCCUCUGCACUACUCAGAAAAACAUGGCUGGGGUUACCUUGUUCCAGGCAGGAAAGAUAACAUAUUGAACAGUCUAGAAGGUGACGAUGCAGUCCCCUGCCCACACAGAGCAAUUGAAGCUGUUAGUACCAAAUACAACCAAAGUAAAGCAAAUGGACAAAAUGAGUCACAAGAAGCCUCCCUUCAAGAAGAGUUCAUGCUGACGGAAGAUCGUACCAUCUGGGAAAAGGUAGAGGCACUAAGCCGUUUGGAGACAGAAUUUGUCCCUGAAACACCAACCAAAGGACAUGUGGGAAAAAACAGCAAAAACAAAGCGGAACCCUGUCCAGCAUUGAAUACAGAAAUGAACCUCUCACCUGUUUAUCACCAUGGAAAUGGCCCAUGCAAUGAUGUCAACGUUUCAGGCUGCUGGUUCUACAGGCUGCCACACAAGGAUGGAAGUGCUAAUAAUGUUGGAAGCCCUUUUGCGAAGGAUUUUAUGCCCAAGAUGGAAGAUGGCACUUUACAGGCCAGUACUGGUGAUACCAGUGCCGCACGUGCGCUGGAAAUCAAUAAGAUGAUAUCAUUCUGGAGAAAUGCUCACAAACGCAUAAGUUCACAGAUGGUGGUGUGGUUGAAAAAAGGUGAGCUGCCUCGGAAUAUUACCAGAAAUCCUGAGUUUGAUGAAGACCAUAAAUACGGAGCCAUCCUGCCUCAGGUUAUCUCUGCUGGAACCAUCACCCGUCGAGCUGUGGAGCCUACGUGGCUAACAGCCAGCAAUGCACGAGUGGAUCGAGUGGGAAGUGAAUUAAAAGCUAUGGUUCAGGUGCCUCCAGGGUAUCACAUCAUAGGAGCUGACGUAGACUCUCAGGAGCUCUGGAUAGCGGCGGUUCUUGGAGAAGCUCACUUUGCUGGAAUUCACGGUUGCACAGCAUUCGGAUGGAUGACUUUGCAAGGUAAGAAGAGCAGCGGUACAGACCUGCACAGUAAGACGGCAUCCACUGUGGGAAUAAGUCGGGAGCACGCAAAAGUUUUCAAUUACGGCCGCAUUUAUGGCGCUGGACAGGCUUUUGCUGAACGUCUGCUGAUGCAGUUUAAUCAUCGUCUCACUCAAGAGCAAGCCACAGAAAAAGCAAAGCAGAUGUACGCGGUGACAAAAGGAAUCCGCAGAUACGUUUUAUCCGAAGAAGGGGAAUGGCUCGUGAAAGAGCUUCGACUUCAGGUUGAAAGAGGAGAGGAAAAUUCUGUCAGCUUGCAAGAUGUGCGGAACAUUCAGAAGAAGGCCUUGAGCAAGUCCAGAAAGAGGUGGAACAUAGUAAAGCGGAAGAUAUGGACUGGAGGCACAGAGUCUGAGAUGUUUAACAUGCUGGAAAGUAUUGCCAUGAGUUCUUCUCCGAGGACACCUGUACUUGGUUGUCACAUCAGUCGAGCUCUGGAGCCAGAAGCUGUAAAAGGAGAGUUUAUAACUAGCAGAGUGAACUGGGUUGUACAGAGCUCGGCUGUAGACUACCUACACCUGAUGCUUGUCGCCAUGAAGUGGCUUUUUGAGGAAUAUGACAUAGAAGGCCGUUUCUGCAUCAGUAUCCACGAUGAAGUGCGCUACUUAGUGCAAAGUGAAGACCGAUAUCGAGCAGCACUCGCUCUGCAGAUCACAAACCUCCUUACAAGGUGCAUGUUUGCCCACAAGCUUGGAAUGGAGGACUUGCCCCAGUCGGUGGCGUUUUUCAGUGCAGUAGAUAUCGACCGGUGCUUGAGGAAAGAAGUCACCAUGGAUUGUGUAACUCCAUCAAAUCCUACUGGUAUGGAGAAGAGAUAUGGCAUUCCCCAAGGCGAAGCCCUGGAUAUCUAUGAGAUAAUGAAAAUAACCAAAGGUGUGCUGCGAAGGGAAAGUACAAGUGCAUAAAGGGGAGGGCUUUUAACCGACUCCCAUGGAGUCUAACAGACAAGAGAAAAGAGACUUUGUCCCAAUGUGUGAAGGAAA